UGUAGCCUAAAUAUAUAUAUAAAUUGUAAAUAAAUAAUAUAUUUAUUAUAAUAUACAUAUAUAUGUAUCCUAAAAUCAUAUAUAUCAUAAAAUAUAUAAUGCAAUAUAUAAUGUAAUAUAAUACGUAAUGUAAUGUAAUAUAAUGUGUAGCAAUAUCGGCUACACUUGUAAUUAAAAAAUAUUCUAACAAGCGGUGCAGAAAGUCUGGAAAAUUGCCAAGUGCAAAUCAAACACCCGCGGGUGAAAUCACGGGGAAUGCGUUGAAAAACUUAUAAUGUAAGUAUUAUUAUUUAAAGUUACAAUUACCUUUUUAUGCCUGGUGUUUUUUAUUUGGCGUCUCUCUGUUGUGUUUUCGGAUGCGCGAAACUGAUAUUUGGCUUAUACCUGUGUAUCACGCAGCUCUUUCGGUUGCUUUCGCAAGAGGUACUAGCAGACAUUUGUUGGCAGCUUCUUCAUUACAACACUGGAUUACACCACUUAUAAUUCCCCUCUCCCCACUAUGUAUUACUUUAUAGUAUCUUGAAUGUCCUGCGUCGGGCUCCAUUGUUCACUUCAGACUGAGAGCGUGGCGCCUGAUGUUUUUGCUAUGAACCGCAUAGCGGCUGAUGUGCGCGCGCAACUGCUUCCCCUCUCAUUUACUCUUCCCCGCUUCCCCGCAAAACGACACGCCAAGACGUCGCGGCCCUACAGUAAAUGUUUUUCCAGGCCCAAAGGAAAACCCUCAUAUUUGUUUUAAAUAUGACUGUGGGAAACAAUCCCAUGUUCCCCAAGUUGAUUUUUUUGGGUCACCAUUCAUCCUUCACAAAGUGACUCACUUAGAAUGUUCCCAAGGACCAAAAUAUUAUGAUACGAAAGCAGAAACUUCACAAAUGGUAAAUAAAUGUUUGCAAAAUGUCUAGGCAUCAGAAUUUUUUAAAUAGUAAGACCUGCAAUGGUUAACUAAGUACACAUUUAGUUACUUUCUCUUUGCAAUAAACCAUCAGUAUGUUACUGACCAGAUAAGUAGUGUGUUAUCUUUUUUUUUUUUUUUUUUUUAGUUAUUUGAUAAUAUUUAAUCUAAUUAUUACAGAAAUGUUAUAGCUGACACUCAACUUAAAAAUACCAAUUAACACAACAAUCAUUAACAGAAUUUCAUUUUGUGUAGAAGAGGUAUAUACUCUUUGCCCACUGUUUGCUUUAAAAUUCUUUCCUUGUGUUGGGAAUGAUAAAUGUUUUGAGGAUAUGAAGGUGUGUCUGUCCCCCUAUUCCUCCUUCAUUAACACACAACCUUUAAAACGCUAUCUUUAACAAUAGAUUGACAAAAUAAAAAAUUAAUAAGUAGACUUUUUUACUAUUAUUAAUUAAACAGCAACUCUUUUAUGUAUAGAAAAUUUAUGAUUUGUUUUUCAGGAGGAUCAUCCCAACACUAAAAAAAAAAAGAUUUAAUGUCUGCAACACUAAGAAAUUAGGUUGCCCUGCGUGGAUGACAGUCAAGUGUAUUCGAGUUUUUUUCUCAAAUCACACUUGACAGCUUAACAUGGAGAAAGAAAAAACUUGCUUUACAGAAUCUCAGGGAAGCAUUGACACAAACACCACCAGCUGAAGGUCACUUGCGUUUUUACAUCAAGGCCAGCACAGAAACAAGCCACACGCACACAACUGCUUCAACAGAAAUUUGUCAAAGACUGGACCAAAGCAUCACGAAUGAAAUAAAAAGAAUAGUAGGCAGUGGCAUAACAUCUGUACGAGAUGUAAAAAUGCUGCUCUCUCAGCACAUUGAGAAACAAUUUGGUAAUUGUCAAAAUUACCCUGACCAAAAGAACAGUGGCUUCUUCCCCAGUGACUCAGUAAUAUAUGGUCACAUAUACAGAACAAUUUAUGAAAAGAAUAAAACAACCAUUGACCAAGAAGCCUUGCAAAAAACUUUGGAGGAUUGGAAAGCUACAAAUCCUGAUGACAGUUUUUUUUUAUAGAGCCUAUGAAGAGAUGGAGAAUGGCUCUGAUGUUACCUUGCUUUUCUGUCACCAAACACAAUGGCAGAAAGACUUACUUCGGCAUUAUGGCCAAGUAUGUUUAUUGGAUGCGACCUACAAAAUAACAAAAUAUUCUAUUCCUUUAUUUUUUCUGGCCGUAAAAACUAAUGUUGGAUACAGUGUAGUGGGAACAUUUGUCAUCCAAGCAGAGAGUACUCGUUUGAUUCAAGAGGCUCUAAGUAUUUUUAAAGAGUGGUUACCGGACUGGAAGGCAAAAUUUUGGAUGACUGAUUUUAGCGAAGCUGAAAUAUCUGCUAUCGAAAACACAUUUCCAGAUUCCACUGUAUAUUUGUGCGCAUUUCACAGAGAACAGGCAUGGCAAAGAUGGUUAAGAAAAACUGAAAAUUCAGUUUCUGGAGAUCCACAAGACAUUUUAAAUUUAUGGCGUAAUGUUGCAAACUCAUCAACAAAAGAACAAUUUCAUAUUCAAGUGAAUAGCUUGAAAAACAGUGAUAUCAUGAAAAAAAAUCCAAAAGCUGAACAGUAUUUUUCAACACAAUGGCUCUCUGUAGCUUAUCGAUGGGUUCAGGCAUUUCGUGAAAAAGACUAUGCUGUUGUGAUCAAUACCACAAAUGGUGUAGAAAGCCAGAACAGAGUCCUGAAAUACUCUUACUUGUAUCACAAUUCUGCAAAAUCCCUUACAGCCAUGCUAACAACAGUCAUCAAAAGUUAUCUUCCUGACUCGUACAAAAAGUAUUGCUUAAAAAAUACCACACCGAAAUUGUACAACCCUCAAAUUCCAAAAUACCUCCAUAAUAGACCAGAAAGUUUUAUAAAACACGUUUUACCAAGACUUACUACAGCUGAAACUGAGUACAACAGCAGCAGUAUUGAGGAAAUUUCUGAAGGACUGUUUGGAGUUCCACAGUCAAAUAAUGCCAAUCAGUUUUACAUAGUAAACUUUGAUGAAGCUACAUGUACCUGCCAAGAUUUUAUAAUGCACAGACUACCCUGCAAACAUAUGUGUGCUGUGUUUCAGUUUGUGCCAUCAUGGGACUUUGAUAAAAUGAAUGCAGCAUACAAAAAUCAUCCGUGCAUUACUUUAGAUGCCAAACACAGCUAUUACACUCAUAGCAAUACAGACACUACUGAACUUCCUUCAGAAAAAAAUCCAAACAAGCAAAAUACUGAUCAGGCUGAGCCUGUAAUACAUUCAAAUUAA